AUGUCUACCCGCCAACUACUACAGAAUAAAACCAAAACCAAGACAGAUAUCACUACUGAACAAUCCCAGAAACUGGUUCAAACAAUGUUAACCAUGUCAUUUGGAUGCUUGGCAUUUUUAAGGGGUCUUUUCCCCGAUGAAAGUUUUGUAGAUCAAAGAUUUGUACCAGAGAAAGUGGAAAAGAAUUACAACAAACAAACAUCCUCGCAAACCAAUUCAAUUAAAAUUAAAACAUUGGUAAGGGGUAAAUUUACAGAAGUUGAUCUGCUGCUGGAUUGGCUUGAGAAAGGUGUUUUCCAAGCUAUAAAAUUAAAAUAUCUGAAAGCGCUUAGCUUGGGAAUUUUUUUGAACGAGCAUGAUUCUACUAACCUUUUAGAAAAUUAUACAUUUACAUUUGACUACGAUGUGGAAAAUAAUGUCAGACUUAGUAUUAACGAUGAAAGUUCCACUAUUUCUCUGUUAGAUUCGAGAAAAAUGGCUCAACAGUUAAUGAGGAGAUUUAUCAUCAUAACACAGUCUUUAGAACCUUUACCUCAGAAGAAAUAUUUGACGGUAAGGUUGAUGUUUAAUGAUGAUUGUCCACGGGAUUACCAACCUCAUCUUUUCAAAGAUGCAAGUUUCGAUAAACCUGCGACCAUCAAAAUUCCAUCAUCUUCAGAUUCUGCCAUGUUUUCAGUUGGAUCUCUCGAUACCAAGCAUCAUAAAUUAGCAAUGAAAGUAUUCUCUGCUACAGAUAUAGAUGCUGAGAAUUCUUCAGAAUUCGAUGAAAUUGAUCCAUUUGAAUUCGUUGAAGAUAAGGGAAAGCCAAACGUCAGUAAUAUAACAUCUGAACCAUCACAAUCACAGACGAGUAAUGUUUUAGGUGAUUAUUUGAAAUCUUCACAACCUGAAAUCCAACCAACUCAAGCAAUUCAUCCCCAUACGUCGGCGGCUGAAGGUGCCACCACAGCCACUACCACUACCACUACUGUCAGAACUACAAGCCAUCAUCCCCUUAAAUGCGAAUGUGGUACGCAAUGUGCUCCCAGUUCAACAAAAUUAAAAUGCUGUAAAAAUUGUAGAAAACGGGUGCAUGGUAUCUGUUAUGGUAACUACCAGGGCGCAUACAUCGAAAAGUGUCUCCUUUGCCUUUUUGGAUCUAAAUUACUGCUAGAGUCUUCAGAGCUUCAAGAUUUGAUGUUGUUGAGGAAAUGUUAUAGGUACUUGGCUCGUGCAAGAUCUUUGCCUUCUUCGACAAGCAAUUUUAUCAAACAACUCAUAGGACCUAAAGAAAUCAACGAAGAAAUAAGGGAAAGAUUUGCCUUUUGCAUGUCCGUACUUUUCCAAGAUGAAAUCCUAACUAUCGGUUCUGAAUGGAGAAAACCUAAAAGUAGUCAAACACUAAGGUUUCACAAUAAUGUCCAAAUAGACAUUCCAAACAUUGUAGCCGCUGAACACGGUCUUUUACAAGAAGGCGAAGAAUAUAACAUUAAUUUUACAUUCCAAUCACAACAUCCUCAUUCAUGUUAUAUGGAUAUCGUGCCCCAAUCGAAAUCGCAAGUGGAUAGAUGGUUGGAUGAAAUUACGGAAUUGAGGAACAAGUCCUUUUCGUUACCAUCUUCAUGUAAUCUACAAUCGCUAGACAUUAGCGAUAAUAUACCCCAAAACCAAUCGUUACCCACUAUGGGACAAAAGAGAAAGCAUGUCGAUUUAGAUCAAUAUUUGGAGGAAGAAAAUAGCUCGGUGCUUAAUGACACUUUAGACAUUACAGCAGCUCAUUCCUCUAGAACAGAAACUCCGAAAAAAAUUAGGAAGAUCAGCGUUUCCAAAAAAUCGUUGAGGAGCGUAUGGUAA